UGUCCGUUUUGGCGGAAGCGCGAAGCGACCGGGGGCCGUACAAACCCCGACCGAGCCAAGUCGAACCAUUCCGAGUUCCGACUCGCGCUGGGCGAACCAGGCAACAGCCAUCUGAGCCGGCCGGCCCCGCCCUCCCUCUCGCCCGCAGCUCCGUCCAUGUCGUCGUCGUCGCUGAUCCACGGCAUCUCCAUCUCCGUCUCCGACGACGACGAGGCCUCGGGGAAGGUGCGGGUCCGCGUCCGCCGCAAGCGGCACCGCCAUCCGGCCUCCGCGCGACGCCACCGCCGCCUCCGCCGCGCCGCGAGGCUGGGCGCCCCGCUCCUCCUCGCGACCCUCGCAGUCUCCCUCUUCCUCUACGAGUCCUACAGCCUCUCUCCCUCCUACCGCUCGCCGCCUCCCGCUGGAAACCUCACCCGCGUCGACCACACCGACACCGCCCGCGCCGCCGAUGGCACCCGGAAGUCAUGCUUGAAGAUUCUUGGUCCUGAGAAGUUGCAGAAUCUUGAACUUCCUGAAGUUCCUGAACAAAAUCAGUCAGUCAAAAAAGUUGUAUACAGGUCCAGUCUGCUGCUUCUUGAUGACGAUGAUUCAUCCCGAACAAAAAUUUCACGUUUUAACUCAUUCACAGGAUACCAGACUCUAAACGAAAGAGAAGAAAGUUUCAAGAUGAAGGAAAUCACAACUGUACAUUGUGGCUUCUAUAAUGAAAAUGGAGCGUUCAAAGUUUCUGAUGUUGAUAAAGAUUAUAUGAGAUCUUGUAGUGUUGUUGUGGCCACUUGUGCAUUUGGUGGAGGGGAUGACCUUCAUCAGCCAAUAGGGAUGACAGAAGUGUCCAUAAAGAAGGUUUGCUAUGUUGCAUUCUGGGAUGAAGUCACUCGUGCAGCUCAAGAGGAAGAAGGGAACAAGAUUGGUGAAAAUCUCAAGAUUGGCCUUUGGCACAUUAUUCUUGUGAGAGAUCUUCCUUUCUCAGAUCAACGAUUGAAUGGAAAAAUUCCCAAGCUCAUAAGUCAUCGCCUUUUCCCUAUGGCAAGAUACUCAAUUUGGGUGGAUUCAAAAUCUCAGUUUCGGAGGGAUCCACUUGGAGUCCUUGAAGCCCUUCUGUGGCGUUCAAACUCUUCUUUAGCAUUAUCUGAACAUGGAGCUAGGAGUAGUUUGUAUGAUGAAGGUAAAGCAAUUGUUAAGAAGCACAAAGCAACUCCGGAACAAGUUAAAGUACAAUUGGAUCAGUACCGACAAGAUGGCAUUCCAGAUGAAAAACGAUUCAAUGGAAAGAAAGCUCUUGCAGAAGCUUCAGUUAUUGUGAGGGAUCAUGCCCCUUUGACCAACCUCUUCAUGUGCCUUUGGUUCAACGAAGUGGUUAGGUUCACAGCUCGGGAUCAGCUGAGCUUCCCUUAUGUGUUGAGGCGUCUAAAGAUGCCUGGUGUCCAUCUGUUCCCGGUGUGCGCCCGCAAAGACCUUGUUAACAGCAUGGGGCAUAGACGCAAGGUGAAGCCUCUUGCCAGAGAGGGAAGAUGAUGAGCUUCUGAAACUGCUAUACCCUGCAAUUUUGGUAAUCCAAAGCAUCGAUCAGAUUUAACCAGCUAAUCUGUAGUUGUUUCCCCAUUCAUCAACUCAAUUGUGUAGAUGACUAGAUAUUGCUGACGUAGACAAAGGUACUCCAUUAGCCUAGCAUUAGAUAAGAGAAAAAAUUGCUGUAACCAGAGUACCAGAGACAAUAAUGGGUCGAUGUGUUCCAUGCAACAAUUCUCUUCUUGCAACACGAUACUAUUCAUUGUUUGGCACUUGCAUACACAUCGACUGUAGCUCUGUUGUUUGUGCAGAUACAGCCGUUGGAGCCCUCCAGGGUUUCCGGCCGAUUGUGUCCCGACGUGUUCGCC